AUGCCUACGGCCGGGCCGCCUUCUCUGGAUGUGAGCGCAACUCCCGAUGUGAGUGCAGCAUCAGGCCCUCCUGAUCAGCUCUCUGUCCUUCUCUUCUGCUUUCUUUACAUCAACGCUGGAUGUGAGUGCAAACGCCCACGGCCACCUUCUCUGCAUGUGAGUGCAACAUCACGUCCUCUUGUUCAGCUCUCUGUUCUUCGCCCCUUCUCUUUCCCUUCCCUUAUCACCGUCACAUUGAGCGAGGAGGGCGAGGAGGCUUCGGUCCCCUUCUGUAAACAGCAAGGCACGGUCGGAGCUGAGGAGCUGGGGGAUGGAGCAACAGCUGCCACCUGCAACUACUGCUUUCAGAAGGGAUGCGCAGCAUGGCGGAUGGGAGAGCUGGUGGGGACGGCCGCAGCACGGGAGGCGCGGCAGCAGCAACCGCAUCUACUCGGGAGGGCGGAUGGAGAUUGGAGCACGGUGGAGGAUGGAGCUACAGCUGCCACCAGCAAGCUCUGCUUUCAGAAGGGAUGCGCAGCAUGGCGGGUUGGAGAGCUGAUGGGGACGGCCGCAGCACGGGAGGCGCGGCAGCAGCAACCGCAUCUACUCGGGAGGGCGGAUGGAGAUUCGAGCGCGGUGGAGGAUGGAGCUACAGCUGCCAACAGCAAGCUCUGCUUUCAGAAGGGAUGCGCAGCAUGGCGGAUUGGAGAGCUGGUGGGGACCGCCGCAGCACGGGAGGCGCGGCAGCAGCAACCGCUUCUACUCGGAAGGGCGGAUGGAGAUUGGAGCACGGUGGGGGAUGGAGCAACAACUGCCACCAGCAAGCUCUACUUUCAGAAGGGAGUAUGGGGCUGA